AUGCACCCCCACAUCCACACCCUCCUCCCCUCCUCCACGCCCAACAUCGCCCUCGAAUGCCGCAUCUACCUCCCCUCCUCGGCCGCAGGCACACCCCUCGCCCCCUCCCUCAGCAUGGAGGGGGACUCGUCCCCCAUCCCCCUCGAGAGGAUUGACCGCGGCGCCCUCAAAUCUCUCGGCAUCGACCGCCUCGUCACCGCCGCGCACCCAUGGGCGCGCCUCGGCGGCAACAUGCUGUUUCCCGUCAUCGCCCACCACCUCCCGCGCGCAGUCUACGACGCCAACUCUUGCGCCGCAGUCGCGACUUUCAACGUCCGCGGGGUGGGGCUGAGCGGCGGAUCCCAGCCGUGGCCGGGCUGGGGGAUCGGCGCGGACGCCGACGACUUCGCCGCCGUCGAGCGGGCGGUGCUCGACCUGGUCGGCGACGUCGCCGUCUACCGCCUCGGAUAUUCGUACGGGACCCUCCUCGCGCUCAACGCACCACGGGGCGUAAAGCGCCUCAUGCUCCUCUCACCCGCGCCGACGCUGUUCAAAGCCAUGACGGCGCUGCGCGGCCCGACGUUCCAACAGGGCCUCGAGGCUGCGCUCGACGCGGCGCCGGACGCACAUUCCCUCUGGGCGGUGUACGGCACCGCAGACGAGUUCACGGGCGUCGCGACGCUGCGACAGCUGGGCGGACGCCGGACGGACUUGAUCCGCAAAGUCGAGAUCGAGGGGUGUGGGCAUUUCUACGCGCGGACAGAGGACGCGCGCGCGCUUCGCGCCGCCAUUGCAGAGUGGAUCGCAUAG